CCCGCUAUGUAUAGGACUGCGUUCGACGCCGAAAAGCAGCUGUUGCAUUGUCUUGCCGAGAAAGAGCCUACGUUUGCUGAAAUCUCCCAUUUCCUAUCGGAGUUCCGCACGGCUUGCCUGAACGCCAUUCUCCAGGAUUUUGGUGCCGCUCGCUCCACCGACGUGGAAGGCCGUCUCUGGGAUACUCAUCUCAAGAUCAACAAUCGGUUCCGUAAAUUGCUUUCCCGCUUUCGCGAGGAAAAUGGAAAGAAGAAGAAACCGGUAGAGCGACGGAAGCUCGAGAAACACUACUUGGAGUUCAUCAAAUCGAGCCAGCGGUUUUAUCGCGGCUACAUUCAACAGUUGUCGUCGCAUUUCGGAGGUAUCUCGGAACUCGAGAAGGUUGCCCGGAAAUUCAACUUUGAUAGCUUGUCGGCAGAUUCCCCACUUCGAGCAUCAGGAGACCUUCGGAAGCGCAUCCUCCAGUCAUGUCACGCGACCCUUAUCCGCCUCGGCGAUCUGUCCCGCUAUCGCGAAACCGAACUGACCAGCAAGGACCGCAAUUGGGGCCCUGCGAUCGGCUAUUACGACUUGGCCGAGGCGAUCUACCCGGCCUCGGGUGCCUCCCACAACCAGCUGGCUGUCAUUGCCCUGGCCGACGCCAACCACUUGAGAGCCACAUAUCACAUUUAUCGAGCACUCGCGGCGCAGGAACCCCACCCAUCCGCGCAAGGAAACUUGGAGAUCGAAUUUAGAAAGGUCAGGAAUCUGUGGGCCAAGAGGGAGCUGAUCCGUCCCGAGGAUGCCGGCAUCCCUGGCAGGGCACUGGCUCCCUGGUUCGUAUACUUGCACGCGCAGUGUUACCUAGGAGUUGAUUUCCCCGAACACGACGAACUGGAGAGCGAGGUUCUGAGCCAGCUUGCUGUCGACCUGAAGGAACGCUCUCUCGAAGGCACUUUGCAGAAAUUUUGCCUGAUCAACAUCUCUGCGGAAGACUUCUCUCGGAAACGCUCAAUUGCAGAAGAGUCGUCCAAUGCGCGCUUCUUCUUCCAGCGGAUCAACGUGAAGACGUUCUUCAUCUUGCUCCAGAUCCUCCUUGCGGAAGUGGAACGGUUCGCAGGCGAAGACGAGUCCAACGGGGAAGAAUCCGCCAAUGGGGCCGAUAAGGUUACCGUGGUUGCGCGCCGAGUCUUGCCUGCUCUGCGGAACUAUAGCUCGUGGCUUCUCACCGUGAGCAAUCUGCUGGUCGCAUACAAAGAGGAAAAGGACACGCCACUUGCGGUUCAGAUCACGGAAUUCUGGAAGAUAUACGCGAACACGUUGACGCUUCUUGCGUCCACCUUCGACGUCGUUCACCUUCCCGAGAUCGAUUACCUUCUUGAGGAGGACGAAGAGACUUUGCGUUUUGCGCCAUUGAACCAGGAGGCGACGUCGCGGAGAUAUUUGGACUCGAACGGCCAGCAGAAGCCCCAGAUGGACGACCCAGGGGUGGAGAGAAACCAUCCGAAUAUCGAAAUGUUGUACCGAAUCCGUGAGUUCGUAAUUGAUGGGUUGGACCUCGUCGUGAGCAACAAAAUCCCUAUUGCUUUGGUGGACGACGAAGACAAGAAAACGUUCAUUUACCAAGAGGACGGGCUACCUUCUCAAUUCUUCGCCAGCCCGUCGGGCCAUCCCCAUACGCUCCCUACGACGAACAUUGAACGCGACGACAUCCGACAAACGAUACAGGAGCCAACUCCAGAAAACCGAAGCGCCUUCGGUGGCUCGCAGUCGGCCUCGGCGUCAUUGUCCGCCGAUAUGCACCGAAUUGUCGAAGGGGUCGAGCGCCUGGUUGAGUCCGACACUUACGAAAACGCCCCGUCUCCCCCAACGCCAUUGCCCUUCUCGCGUGGUGGCGGCAGUGUCCAGCAGCCCGCGUCUAGCCGUAUAUUCGAUCCUAGCACGGAGUCGAUAUUCCGGGAAGAGAUCAUCCCUCGCCAGACGCCUAUCGCACCUCCUGGGCUUGGGGGGCCCAUGCCAAACGCAGCCACAAUGGCGCGGACUCCAUCGGCUCAAUCGUACUCCUCGCGGCCUGCUUUGCCCGGCAUCCCUAACAUCUGGAGCACGGGUCUCUCGCCCCAUCCAUUCGGGGACACGUCAGCCCCAAGAACCCCAUCAGGCCUCGGACACCCCCCAAUGACCAUGAUGCCGCCGCCCGGCAUCAGCGCCCCCGCGCAUCAACACCCGUCCUCCCAGGGCACCAUCGCCGACGAACUUCUCCGACAGAGUCUGAUGAACCAGGCCAACCCGCAAAGCUCCCUAGACAGCUCAAGCUUCCUCUCAUCAUGGAUGUCCCCGCCCAACCCGAUGUCGCAUCACCGUCGCGUGUCCGGCAUGGGAUGGGACAGACCCCUAGAUGGCCCGAGCCCCUCCCAGCAAAUGGGACUGCCCAGUCAGCCGCACUCGUCGAGCGAAUUCUCGCACCCCUCAUGGGCCAACGACGCCUUCCUCGCCCCCACGCUCUCGUCAGGAGCAGGGUACCCCAGCUCCCCCGGGUUCAGCAACGGAAGCCGCAGACCCACGACCCAGUACGGCGCAAUCGGGCAGACGCCCCCCUGCGGACACGGAGGCUGAUCUCGGACCCGCUCUGCCUUUUUCUUCUUCUCUCAAGUAACGGGGGCGGGUCAUGGGGCUCGGAAGCAACCGGAAGCAACCAUCCAGCGCUCGAACGGUAGAAAUAGACACGGGUGUGUAGGUCAUAAUCAAACAACCGCAGCAACAAGAAGAACCUGUCUUUAUUUCCGCAGGUGGAUAACCCUCCCCUCUGAUCAUUUGCUUUGCUCCUUACCUACUGGCUCUCUCCCGUCUGUCAUCUCGCCGAUCGAGUCCGCACCAACAGUCUACCUAUCGCCAACUGUCCAAUGUUCUAACAGGGGGGAUAUAACCAUGGUUCACUUUCUACCCGCCUAGCUAGCUAGCGAGUCAGCUGGUUAGCCGGCUAACCGGCUAGCUAGUGA